UCAUGCUUCCUAUUGUAUACGCUACCUCCUACAUCAAUUAUCCAUAACUCAAUCUUUAAUAAGUAUAUCCAAUUCCAACUUAAUACUAUAAUAUAUUUCCAACAAAGGUUACGUGUGAUUAAGCCUGUUAAUUCCCUGAGAUUACUUUGAAUGUAGAAGCUUCGGAAAAUACUGAUUCAAAUAGCCUUACUAAGUGUAAAGAAGCAUUAGUAUUGGAAGAACUCAACCUCCUAUUAAGAUUUUUGUCACAGAAUAUUUCCUUACUCUAAGAGAAGACAUUUGAAAAAUUUGUUAUUGAGAAUUUGAAAGUAUAUCUUAUAAAUAUCGAUAUUAGAAUCUAAUAUCCUUACAUUGUGAUAUACCAAAUAUAUUGAAGAGGAGAUAUAUCCAAGUUAAUAAAACAAAAGAAGAAAUGACAAAAUUCAUUAUAAGAAGAUGUUUCGAUUUCAUUAAAACUUAAAUUAAUUAUUAAGAAAAAGAUAAUCUCGGAGCUGAAGAAAGAGACAGACUUUUUUAUCAUACUUUCUUUUCUAAUGAUAAGGAAUUUAUGAAAAUACUUGGUAAUGAUUCAAUAGAUGACCUCAUACCUUUCAGAAAAGAAUCAAAGCUCAAAACUAUAAAUGACACUUAUUUAAAAAAACUGUUCAAAUCAAAAUAUUUUUCAUAUUUCUAUUAGUAAUUUUUAAGUAAUACUAUCCGUUAUGAUUAUUAGAUGAAUUUUAAACAAUAUGUUAACAAGAAAAUGAAGAGAAAAUAGAAAAAAUGACCAUGUAAAUUUAAAAAAUCAUAUUUACAAGAGAUUAUGAUGUAGAUUAUUUUCCAUAUUAUUAUAGAAAAUUAAGACCUACAGAAGAUUUCCAUGGAAAAACCACGAAUUUCAUAAGUGUGAAAAAAGAGCAUAAGAAAUCUAUUAAAAAUAUCAAUUUUAUAAAUUCAGUAUUUAUAAUUAUUAAUUUUAGAGAAUGAAAAGAAACUUUUGAAAAAGGAAUCAAUUAAGUUGGAGCAUAUUGAAUUAUCUGAAUCUAUAUAAUGAAC